CAGGUGAACGAUGGUUUCUCUCCUGACUCGUCGGAUCCACUUUUCUUGUCUCCAUCGUUUCCUGCAGAGUUUUAACUUUAACUCUGGAAACGUCACCAGAUGUGCGUCUCUGGACGGUGCUCUCUCUGCCUUCAGGUCGAUCUGUGGUGAGGACGGCGUCUCACUGGGUGAAGCCGUCAGAGAGCAGCAUGGAAAAGAUGAGUCUUUGCACAGGUGUUGUCCUCCAGAUGUGGUGCUGUUUCCUGCUUGCGUGGAGGAGGUCAGCGCUCUGGCUCAGGUCUGCCACCGCCACCGCCUGCCCAUCGUCCCCUUCGGCACCGGGACGGGUCUGGAGGGAGGCGUCAGUGCAGUGAAGGGCGGCGUGUGCUUCAGUCUGAGGAACAUGGACCAGGUUCUGGAUCUCCACCAGGAGGACUUCGACGUGACGGUGGAGCCGGGUGUGACUCGGAAGGCUCUGAACUCCUACCUGAGAGACACCGGCCUGUGGUUUCCUGUCGAUCCUGGUGCUGACGCGUCUCUGUGUGGAAUGGCGGCUACCAGCGCGUCGGGGACGAACGCCGUGCGAUACGGAACCAUGAGGGAAAACGUUCUGAACCUGGAGGUGGUGCUCGCCGACGGCACCGUGGUACACACAGCCGGGAAGGGCCGACGCCCCAGGAAGACGUCAGCCGGCUACAACCUGACCAACCUGUUUGUGGGCUCGGAGGGAACCCUGGGCAUCAUCACCAAGACCACGCUGCGGCUCUACGGCGUCCCAGAGUCCAUGGCGUCGGCCGUCUGCUCGUUUCCCUCCAUCCAGGACGCCGUGGACAGCACCGUGCAGGUCCUACAGGCCGGAGUGCCCAUCGCUCGCAUUGAGUUCCUGGAUGACGUGAUGAUCGACGCGUGCAACCGGUUCAGUCGUCUCUCGUACCCUGUGAUGCCAACGCUGUUCCUGGAGUUCCACGGCUCUGAGCAAAGCCUGAAGGAACAAGUCAACACAACUGAGGAAAUCACUCAGAGCAACAGAGGCUCAGAUUUCCAGUGGGCUCAAGAUGCAGAAACGAGGGAGCGUCUGUGGAAAGCUCGUCAUGACGCCUGGUACGCUGCUCUGGCUCUCAGGCCCGGCUGCAAGGCCUACGCAACCGAUGUGUGUGUCCCUCUCUCUCGACUGCCCCAAAUCCUGGUGGAGACAAAAGAGGACCUGAUUGAAAACAGACUGACAGGUCCCAUAGCGGGACACGUAGGAGACGGUAACUUCCACUGCCUGGUGGUGGUCGACCCCAGCGACCCCGAGGAGCUGCACCGGGUCCAUCUGUUCACUGAGAGACUGGCCAGGCGAGCUCUGGCCAUGGACGGAACCUGCACGGGGGAGCACGGAGUGGGCUUAGGGAAGAGAGCGCUGCUGCGUGAGGAGAUGGGACCCUCGGCCAUCCAGGUCAUGCAGGGUCUCAAAGACGUCCUGGACCCCGAUAACCUGAUGAAUCCUGGGAAAGUUCUUCAGCCACGAGAAAUAUGAACUGUGUUUUUUUAGUCAGUGAACAUGGAGAAUCUCCUGAUCUGCUCACCGUGCAUGGCUUAAAGACUGAUGUCGCAAUGAAGCUGCUUAUUUCCAACGAUCAAAUGUGAAAGAUAAGAUCACAACCAACGCUGUUAUUUAAUAUCUGUGAUGAUUCCACGCCGUUGACUGUAAAUAAAGAUGGACGACGUGAAACAAGUGGAGCGUCAAGCGUCGUCCAUCUUUAUUUUCAGUCUAUACUUGCUUUUACGGGAUGAUCUAAAAAUAUAUUUGAAUAUGGAAAAUCAAGAAUGUUUCGCUUUUUCGUGGAUAAUCAAACUGUUAAUUAUACGGUAAGAUGACACAUUACGACAGUGAGGGAUUAGCUAAUCUGUCUAAUACUCAUUUAGAAAAUGGACAAAGCAGAAAACUUGAUAAAACCAGGACGUGUCAGAAGUUCAAGCUGUUACACAGGUUGACUCCCGGGGACCAAACCCAGGGUGGAGCCUCCUGCACGAAGCAGAAACAUUCCACAGGUCGUCUGUAGUCCACGGAGUCAGAUGAUAAAUAUCUGUUUGAUUGUUUACUGUCAGUCUUCAUUAUAAUUAUCACCCUGACGAUGGAUUUGAGGUCAAAUUAAGACCAAAGUGUUCAGAGAAUUCACAGAAAAAAAACCUGAGCAACCAAAUGAAUAAAUGUGAAGUUUGUGCCUUUCUUAAAUACACCUGUGUUACUAAAUACCACUUUUCUAAUCCCUGCUCUUUAUGGAGAGUUUAUAUUUGGUCAAUAAUUGAUUAGUUAACGUCUAUUACAACAAACUUUGAGUUGCAAAGGUGAAAAAUUGUGGUUUCUUUGUUUGUUAGUUAUUCAGAUAUAACUGUGGAUCAUGAGUAAAUAUUUGGGUGUUUCUCACGACUUGGUUUUGCUUCAGUUGCUGGUGAAUGGAUUCUGAGGCCACAGCUUUGUUUUCCCUGAAACGCUGCAGCAGACGGAUUAAAGAGAUGAAAAGACGUCUGCGUAUUAAUCUGCUGGAGGAUGAACCUCUGCCAGAGGAAUUAUUCUUAUCGCCAAAUGAUUUAUUAAUUACGUUUUAUCAUUUAUUCAGAUUGACUAGUCCAGUUCUUCAGGUUGAAUGUUGGAGUCUUUAUAAAAUUCUGCUUGGCUGUGAGUUCUGCUGCUUAACUUUGAUUGUAAACAAACUGCCAACGAAUCAACUGGAUUCAUCUCCUGCACAGUUUUGUCUAUAUUCAUGCAAAUGUAUUUAUUUUAUUUGAGAUUGAAUGUGAAAGAACAAAAAAUAAAUGUCUUCCCUGUCCAAACACUUCUGCUCUGGAUUGUAAUGUAGAAAUAUUGUCUAUUUAAAAUGUGUGUGCAACCCUCAGAGUCACUGUUUAUUUGAGGAGGAAUUAAAUCACCAGACAACA